AUGGAAAACUCCAAACCUAUCUCUUCACCCAUGGUCUCUGGAUGCAAACUUUCAAAGUCUGGUUCUGACAAAUUUCUAUAUGUGUCUUUAUACAGAUCUGUGGUUGGUGCCUUACAGUAUGCAACAAUAACUCGGCCUGAAAUUAGUUUUUCGGUCAACAAGGUGUGUCAGUUCAUGUCUAAUCCCUUGGAGCAACAUUGGUCUGCUGUCAAACGCAUUCUUCGCUACUUAAAGGGAACCAUCUCCUUGGGUCUCCAUCUCCAACCCGCUCCUCCUAACUCUCAACCCGCUUCUCCUAACUCUCCCUUGUCCAUUCAUGCCUACUGUGAUGCUGAUUGGGCCUCUGACCCUGAUGAUCGUCGCUCCACCUCUGGUGCCGCCAUCUUCAUUGGACCCAAUCUCAUCUCUUGGUGGUCCAAGAAACAAACUGUUGUUGCCCGCUCCAGCACUGAAGCUGAAUACCGCAGCCUUGCUCUUGCCCCUGCUGAAGUUAUGUGGAUUCAAACCUUACUCACUGAAUUACAUGUCUCUCAUCAUUCGCCUAUCAUCUACUGUGAUAACAUGAGCACUGUUGCUCUUGCGCAUAAUCCUGUCCUCCAUGCUCGCACCAAACAUAUGAAACUGGAUCUCUUCUUCGUUCGGGAAAAAGUAGCUGCCAAUCUUCUUCGUGUGGUUCAUGUUCCGGCCAUUGAUCAGUAUGCUGAUAUUCUCACCAAGUCCUUAUCUCCUUCUCGGUUUUGUGAGCUUCGGUCCAAGCUCAAGUUGGCUGAUUCGUUGUCUCACCCUACUUGA